AGACAGUAGCUCGGUAUGGACCGUUAUGUCGGACAAUGGGACUGAUAGAUACAGUGAAAUACCAGGACAAAAUAUCCAAGGGGGGCACGGCGCGGGUCCUGUGAAUGAUAUUUGGUUACUGGAGUGGCCGCCAGAGGACGAGACCAGACCGGUGUCAGCAAAAGACAAAUGGCACGCUUUCCGGCGUUCCCAGGGGUUGGUCAUAGCCGUGGUGUUCGUGUCCCUGGCGCUCCAAACCAGCCUGUCGGCAACCUUGGAAGCCAUCCUCCCCUGCCUUCUACUGGAAGACGACCAAGACCCAACGGCCAGCUGUCAAACCACUCCCAGUACCUCCAGUGUCGUGGCGGUCCCUGGGGGUGGUAGGACGGACCCUGGGGUUGGAAGGGAGGAGCCUAAGAUAGAAAGCCUCUCUGGCAAAGGCGGAGUGUUGCUGGCAGUCAAGUUUGCAGUGGAGAUAGUGGUGAGGCCGCUGGUCGGGAUCGUGGUUGGCAGGUUUGGCCACAAGUCUCCUCUGCUGGUUGGGUGUGUUCUAGAUGCCGCAGCAACGAUAGCUUUUGCAUUUGUAAAACCAUUCCCUCUGCUGAUUCUGAUACGCAUGGUACAGGGCCUGGGGUCAAGUGUCACAUAUGUUGCUGCCGUAACGUUACUUGCUGAAAGAUUCAAAGAUAAAAAGGAAAGGACAAAAGCGUUUGCAGUGGCAUUUGGAGGGUAUGCAGUUGGGAUGCUAGGAGGUUACUCCAUGGGCAGUGUGUUAUAUCAGCUAUUGGGCAGACUGGCGCCUUUUCUUCUACAGGGAGGUCUCAAAUGUUUUGACGCAGGGCUACGUUUGCUGGUUGUUUGCCCCACAGCGGAGGGUACUGAUGACGACAAUAAAUCAUUUACACUCUCGAGGUAUCUCAAUAUAAUACGAGACCCGUAUAUUAUCCAUGCCUUAGGUUUGGCCUUCGUCACUGAAUUUGCCUAUUCCCCAAUAUUAGCAAUGGCGCCACCGUGGCUCUUACAGAGAGGAGCACAGGAGUGGCAAAUAGGUGUAUUAUUUUUGGUCUCAGGAGUGGCCCAGCUUAUAAUGCAAGAAGUUGUAAAGCGACUAUCAAGCAUAGUGGAUAAUUGGAUUUUAGCUGCAUCAGGACUGCUCUUAUCUGUAACUGCGUAUAUUUCGUACCCAUGGACGAGGAGUGUUUGGGAAGCUCUGGCACCAAACUGUAUCUUGUGUGCUGGAUUUGCCUUUGUGAUGACAGUCGUGUCGCCCAUAGUUACCAACCUCGUGGAACUACGUCACAACUCCGAGAUAGCGCAGGUGCUCGGACUUUCCAGCGCCAUGUUGUCUUUGGGGUUCGCUGUGGGUACGUCAGGUACUGGUGCACUAAUGGCCGCUACGACGUUUGAAUGGGGGUGUUACAUGGUUGCCUUCGUGUGUAUCAUAUUCGCAUGUUUGUGUCUGAUUAUGGUUUUUCAUCCAGUACCAGUAAAUUGUACGGAAGUAAAAUCUGCUGAUGAAGCGUACGAAAGAUGUCCUUCCGACGAAGAAUAAAUGGAUUUAAAAAAACUUUAGUGCUCCGAUAAAAUUUCGUUUUUUUUAAUAUCAUUUACUGUGAUUAUCACUUAAUCACAUUUGCUUUAUUAUAUGAAAUCUACAAAAUGAUCUCAGUUACGCAACAAUAUAUUAUUUGUCUGAGAAGAAAAAUUUACUUGCUUAAUUGGAAUGAAACACACAACGCAUAUCUUUCAUACGUGUGUGUGUGUGUGUGUGCGUGUGCGUGUGUGUGUGUGUGAGAGAGAGAGAGAGAGAGUGACAACGCGAUAC